AUGGCACAAAACAUCGAAACAGAAGCUUCAAGAAAUAGGAAUCUUCUUCUCACAAAUGAACAAGAACCAAGAAAUCUUGGAUUAAUGGACUCAAAACAAAUAACUAGUCCAAGGACAAUAAUGGAUCGGAGGGGAGAGAAAUAUAAACUGAGCUCAGAGCAAGAUCUUGUUUCAAGACUGAUGGAGGAUUCAAAUGGAGGUGAUAAGACCAAGAAAAUGGGUAGUCAUCCUUACGGACCUGAUUUAAGACCACUAGCGAUGAGCAAGACUAAAGAUGACCUUUUGAAACAUCUCAACCUUGAUUUUGAAACAUACGCGCUCAUGGCAAAUUGCAAAGGGAAACCGCCCUAUGAUUGGUGUGAUAUCUUAGAACAGUCAAAGGACCAUGCCAUAGAAUUGAUUGCUCAGAACGCCACCGAUCAAACGGCUUAUUACUGGAGCCUUGCUCGUCCAACUCUCGACUGUCCCCAACUGGAUUGCACAAUGGUUCCUUUACCACAGGUUUCGGCACCGAGAUGA